GUCGUCGCUUCGCGAGCUUCGAGGUUUUAGUUCGGUUUUAGCUCUGAUUCCGUGAGGACGCUCGCAGGCGCACCGCUCCGCGUUCCGUUCCGUUAUUCGACCGCCUCGCACGGAGCCUACCGCUCACCCACACUCCUGCAAACGCACACUCGCGCACUUGCACACUCGCACACACACAGGACUCGUGCCGCGAUAACAACGCCAAAUUAUCGAGUCUGCGCUGCGCCAACAUCCAGCGGAUGGCAAGUGCGAAUCUUAAAGUGGCCAAGUGGCAGUCGUAGACCAGGCCAAGAACCCCAGCCCCCCUUGCCCCUGUUCCGGCGGUCGAGUGAAUAGCCGCCACAAUGCGGCGCUAACCCAACGCCGGUGGAAAUCGCGACCUCGCGGGUGUACCCAAAACCAGACAAAAGUGCUCCAAGUGGUGACCCAAAGCAAAUGUGUCGCAGCAACAGCCGGAGUGGCAGCAACGGUAACUGCUGCUCUUUAUAGUGCAUCUUCGCGUUUUUCUUUGGCUCCCAGAACAGUCCGCUAAUAGCCAACAAAGCGAGCAUAACGGCCAGAAAAAUGGCUCUGCAGCAGCGACAUCAGCAGCACCAGCAACACAUCAAGUGGCAGCAACAUGCAACGAAACGACGACGCUGCCGUCAACAUUGGAUUAAACAUCUUCAGUUUCUGGGCCUGGCUGUCAUCGUCCUGGCCAGCGCCCCCGCCCCCAGCCACGCCCAGCAGCAGAAGUUCCGCACCACGCCGCACGACCUGCAGGUCCUGGAAGGAGCCGAGGCCAUGAUGCGCUGCGAGGUGGCCAACGUGGCCGGGGCGGUCCAGUGGACCAAGGACGGCUUCGCACUGGGCUUCUCGGCGGUGAUCCCCGGCUUCCCGCGCUACUCCGUUCUGGGCGACCGGAAGCAGGGCACCUACAACCUGCGCAUCUCGAACGCCUCGAUCAACGACGACGCCGACUACCAGUGCCAGGUGGGACCUGCCCGGCUCAACAGCGCGAUCCGAGCCAAUGCCAAGCUGACCGUCAUAUCUCCGCCAGCCUCGAUCGAGAUCAAAGGUUACAGCCACAAUUCCAAGGUGGAGGUGCGCGAGAACCAGGACCUGCAACUCAAGUGCAUCGUGGCCAAUGCUAAGCCGGCGGCUCAAAUCGUCUGGUAUCGCGGCAAUGUGGAAUACAAACCAGAAAAAAGCGAGGAUACCGUGGAGGAGUCGACGGCCAAGCGGUACACGACCACCUCGAGCCUAAAACUGAAGCCGGGACCCGACGACGACUACACGGAGUACACGUGCCAGGCGAAGCACAAGGCCCUGUCCCCGGACAUGCCCAUGCGGGCCACGGUUCAACUGUCCGUGUUGUAUCCGCCGGGACCGCCAUACAUCGAGGGCUACUCUCCGGGAGAAACUCUGCGACGUGGCCAGACCGUGGAGCUCAUGUGCCGGAGUCGAGGUGGCAAUCCGCCUGCCCAGCUCAUCUGGUACAAGAACGGAUCCCAGAUACGCAUGGCCUACAGGACCUCUGGCCGACUAUCCGAGAACAUCUAUACCUUCACCGCCGAGGCAGGCGACAACAGGGCGCGAUUUCGAUGCGAGGCGAGCAACGUGAUGUCGCAGAAUCCUCUGAAGGCGGAAGUGGAGCUGGCUGUGCUGUUUGCACCCACCCACGUCACCGUGAUGGGACCCACCGAGGCGCGCGUCGGCGAUGUUGUGCCGCUGACAUGCACCACCGCGCCAUCCAAUCCGCCAGCCGAGAUCAAAUGGAUGGUGGGCGGGCGACAGGUGCGCAACGCCACCUCAAAGACGAUUGUCAGUCCCGAGGGCGGUUGGACGACCACCUCGAACAUCACCGCCACCGUGGAGCCCAACAAGCGCUCACUGGUCGUCAUCUGUCACGGACUCAACAUGCAGCUGACCGAGAACGUCGUCUCCACCCACACGAUCAAUGUGCUGUAUCCGCCCGCGCCGCCAUUAAUUUCUGGCUAUAUGGAGGGACAAAUUAUCCCAGCUGGCUCGGUGCAAAAACUGCUUUGCGUUUCAUCAGGCGGCAAUCCGUUGGCGACGCUAACAUGGUACAAAAACGACAAAAGGAUAAACUCGGUCAUAAGGGCCGCGGACAAAUCGGUGUCGGCCGAGAUCACUGUUCUGGCCAACGUGUCCGACAACCAGGCCCAGUACCGAUGCGAGGCCUCCAACAGCGCCACCGAAAUCCCGCUCUUCCAGUCCACCACACUCAGCGUCCACUUUGCCCCGGAGACGGUCAAAAUACGCAUUGAACCGGAAGAACUGCGACCUGGCAUGGAGGCAGCCAUCAUCUGCGACUCCAGCUCCAGCAAUCCGCCGGCAAAGCUGUCCUGGUGGAAGGACGGCAUCCCCAUCGAAGGCAUUAAUAACACGUCCAAGCCGGGUCUCUGGGGCGGCACGGUCUCCACGCUGGAGUUCAGGGUAAACAUCACACAGGAAAUGAACGGCCAGGUCUACACCUGCCAGAGCGCCAACGAAGCGCUCCAGCGGAGCGUCCACGAAGCGGUCAGCCUGGAUGUCCUGUAUCGACCCCAGUUCGAGGCGCUACCCUCGUCGACGAAGGUGGGCGCGGAGGGCGAAUCCAUGCAGCUGUUGCUCCAAACUCGCGCCAAUCCCACCCCGGUGGCCUACAAGUGGACCAGGGAUGGGGUCACCAUUCCGCAGGACGGCGAGCGCCGCAUCUUUGCGGACGGCGCCAGCCUGAACUUCACCCGCCUGCACAGGGACGAUUCGGGGAUCUACUCCUGCAGCGCCUCCAAUUCGCAGGGCAAGGCCAGCCUCAACAUCACGGUGUUGGUGGAAUACGGCACCACCAUCAAGUCGGUCUCGGAGAACAUUGUGGUCAAUCCCGGCGAGGACGCAAUGCUGUCCUGCAGCGUGGAGGGCAAGCCGCUGACCGAGAAGCACGUGAAGUGGGAGCGGGUGGGCUACGACAUGACCGUCAAGACCUCGACGACCUUCGCGAACGGCACCUCCUACCUGCACAUCAAAAACGCGCAGCGCGAGGACGUGGGCAACUUCCGGUGCGUAGCCGACAACCGAGUGGCCAAUCCCACCAACCGCGAUAUCCUGCUGAUAGUCAAGUUUGCUCCCGAGAUCGCCAAGGCUCCAACGCUCCUGCGAGCCGCCAGCGGGACAGGGGAGCGGGGUCGACUGCCUUGCCGGGCACAGGGCUCGCCCAAGCCGCAGUUCAUCUGGCGGCAGGACAAGAAGGACCUGCCCAUCAACCGCACGUACAAGUACGAGGUGGAGGAGCGCAAGAUUGACUCGCUGACCUACGAAUCCUCCCUCAUCGUGGAGAAAGUGGCGCCGGCGGACUACGGCGCCUAUGAAUGCGUGGCCCGGAACGAUCUUGGCGAGGCGGUGGAGACGGUGCGCCUGGAAAUCACCUCGCAGCCGGACCCACCCCUCAUCCUGAACAUCCUGAACGUCACCCACGACACCGUCACCGUGGCCUGGACUCCGGGCUUCGAUGGCGGCCUCAAGGCCUCAUAUCGCGUCCGCUAUAGGAUGUUCGACCGCGAGCAGUACAAAUACAUCGAUGGGCUGCCGAACAGCCACAAGCUGACCAUCGGCGGGCUGCGCAUGAAUACGCUCUAUCUGUUCUCGGUGAUGUCCUGGAACGAGCUGGGCCAGAGCUCCUACCUGCCCGACUUGGCGCGGGCCGAGACCAAAGAGGCCCCGCCCCCCUCGCACCCUGCCUCGUCGCUGGGAGGCGGACCGCCGACCACCAGCCAGACGCCGCUGGGCGGCACAUCGGGCAUGCUCCUGGUGGGCGUGGGCGCCGGCAUCGCCGUGGUCCUGCUCAACGUGUUUGUCAUCGGCUGCUGUCUGCACAAACGGAACGAGAAGCGCCUGAAGCGAGGACUUGAACUGAUGCCAGCCGAGUUAACCGAGGACUCCAGCAACACACCGAAUCUGGUCAUAAUUGGCAUCUCCCUGGCGGCAUUUGGCUUUCUCCUGGUCAACGCGUCGCUGGUUGCCUGGUUCUUUGUGCAUCAGCGCCGCAAGAAAGUGGCGGAAACUACAAAUCAACCGGCAAAAACGGCAACCAUCGAGAUGUACGCGCCCAGCUCGUAUAAUGACACCGUCACCGGCGAGACGCUGUCCAGCGUUUCGGAGAAGAGCGAGUCGUACUCCAAUGAGGGCAGCAGCCAGCCGGAAUAUAUUGAUGAGGCGCGCAAAAAGGCGGCGUCCACGUAUUUGGUGGAGGGCUCGGAUAUGCCGCCGCCCAGAUACCAGAAGGAUGGCACCCUGCCAGUCAUAUACCCCAACAAUAUUGUGAACGCCUGUACACUGCCGCACCCGAGGCACAAUAAUGGCAGCGCCGCCAUCCACAUGACCCGGGAUGAUCAGAUGCUAAUCAGCAAGGGCGUCUAUAUUCCGUCCCCGUCGCCGGCGCCACCCCCAGAUGGGUCUUACUACAACAUGAACAGCGACAGAUACUUGUCCUAUCCUCCAAUGGAAUACCCGGCAGCCCUGGACUUCACCGCCCAGCCGAUGCCCCUGGCGCACAUGCAGCCCAUCACGGUGACCUCGCUGGCCACCAAUGGAGGCGCCACCCUCAUCGGCAACGGAUCCGUGGCAGCGGUGGCCGGCGGCUCGGGCACCUUGCGGCGCGGCAUUCUGCGCGGAGUGGUGGGAGUACCGCAGCCCGAUGUCACCCACCACACGUCGGCCGUGGGUGGGAGCCCGCUGCAGAUGCUGCACGACCUGCACCCGGUGAACCUGAGCGCCUCUACGCUCACCACCAGCACCACCCUGAACGGCAGUCUGCCCACGGCCACGGCCACGGCCACGCUGCCCCGCCAGCCGCACGGCAUCCUGAAGGAUCCGAACCGGAACAAGCAGCAGCAGCAGCUCCAGCACCAGCACCAGCAUCAGCAGCAACUGCUCAACGCCAGCUUGGUGGGCGUGGGCGUUCCGGUCUCGGCGCCCAUGGGCAGCCUGCAGAUCCUAAACCUGCCGCCGACGGGCGUGGGACUGGGCAACAAUUUGCUGAUGACCACCAGCGGGGCCUUCGACCCGACGGCGGUGGGCAUGAGCAGCUUCGGCGGAGUGGGCCAGGCCGGCGGCAUCCCGGUGGCCUACACCGACGCGGACGGACACCUCGUAUAGCUGUAGGCGGGAGCUGGGGCCAUCAGCAGCACCACCGUGCGGAUCCUCUCCGGCAGUGAGCCCCGGUUCUGAGCAACCACCACGUCGCACCACGUCACCACGCCCUACCCAGCAUACUCGUAUCUGUAUCCAACCUACUCGCAAGGAUGUAGCUAGUUUAGGAGCUUUCUCUUCGGCAUCUGGGUCCCUCCUGUGUCCCCUGUCCGGCAGCCACGUCUCCAUCCACUUGCCAUUACCUUAUUCAAAUCAGCCAGCGAAUUAGUUUAUGUAAAUUUCCACCCAAUUCUUACGGCGUCGCCGUCAAUGCGGGUGUUUAUUUAGAUAAGAACUACGUUGGGGGGCGAAGUCACUCUAGGGGAGUGAGCAUAAUUUCGCAGAGAGUUUUACUAAUUAGCCGGCAGCAGGAGAAGCAGGAAGCAGGCGAAAAUAAUUUCAAAUAUCCUUGGGUGGAAAACGCGAAACGGUCCAGAACCGUUUGACAGCUCCCAGGGGCGUGCUUCGGCUCAAGUCGACUGGGCACGUGAUUGCCCUGGACGGCGCCAUCGGCCAUGGUCGCCGAAAGUUGAAGGUUGACAGCCGCUAGCUGCUCGGCGACCCCCAUCCCAGACCCGAGUGCUAGAUUUGCCACCUCCCCUUUAAUGGGGCAGCUGGAAAAUCUGGAAACGGGACUUCAUCCUAGCGAAAACAAAAUGGAGCCUUCUGAACUCAAGCCACUCGGCACUUCGACGAUGUAGUAACGGGAAUUUUCAAUGGUGGGAAUAUGGGUUUUAAAAAAAUGGAUAAGGAAUAAAAUCCAAAGGCUACCACAAAUGCGCUUCAUACUGUACAUAGUAAUGACCAGCCAUUUAACACUUCAAAUUGCAGUUUAAAAUAACUUUAAAUACGAAAAGAAUGGUACAAAUAUGGUUUAUAGUUGGUUUUUAAAAUGUUACCUAAUUUCAAAUGACUACUUUUAGAAAUGCUACACUAGAAAGAAUAAUUUCACUUCUCGUAAAAGUAACUUAGAUAUCCCAUUGAAGAAAUUCUUAAUCGUUCUUAUUGAAUAUAAAAUUUAAAUUUAUUUAUUUUCAAAUUAGUUGUCAGCCUUUAUUACCACAUGAGUUGGAGUUAGAAAGGUUCCCCUUGAACUAAAGGAUUUAAGAAACGUCACUCGAAAUUAACAAAUCCAAGUUAAAGACUUCAAAAGAAAAGCUAUUGAAUCAGUGUCUCUAUGGAAACUUUCGUACUGUUCUUAGGGAAUGUAAAUAACUAAAAAUCAAGGCUGCCUUCAGAUUACGCCUUGGAAUUUAACUCCACCAGCUCCUCGAGUUGCUCAACUCAAUCUCGUCCAUGAAAAUGCGCAUAUCGCAGAUAUGGUAGGGCGGCGGCCACGCCCUGGCAGCCAUUAUAUGCAGAAGCUGGCUGUAUCUUUAUCUAUCCAGCUGCCAUUCGAGUGCCGCUGCCGCACAUAAACAGUUUUCAUUUGCCACUCGUCGCAGCUCAGCGAGCGUGACAUGCCAAUCCUGGCCUGCGUUGCCAUUAGCUUUUCCAGUUCAAGACCAGAGGAAUCCGGGAAUCCCAAGAACCACUCAUCUCCGCUCUGCCCACGCCCUCCUCCGAUUUCGAUUCAACCUCCGCCUCCAAACCGCACCCGAAUCCGUAUCUUUGACUUUGUAGCCAAGUUCUUGAGAUCCUCGAGCGUCGUGCAUAAUUGCCAGCAGCAUUGUGUGGAUUUUAAUAUUCAUUUGGCUGUAAUUGCUGGAUCCGGGUCCGGAUCGGGGGAGUGCACUAUUGCAGCUGCUAGUCCUUGGCGGAUUAUCGCAAAUGAAUAAAUGCCCUGAUUUCGGGCAUAGAUGGCAGAGAAUUCGAGGAGGUGGGGCUGCACAAACACAGUGUGUAAUUAAAAGUGAAAUUAUCUUUGAAAUUAACGCACGCGUAGAGAAAGAGAAAGGCGAGGCCAAAGAGGAUGGCGAGGGAAAUGAAGAAAAAUUCGCGGAAAACUGAGAACGAAAUUAAGAAUGAAGAAUAAGAUGAAGCAACUUUGUGUGUCGGCACACAUAUGGGUGUACUCUCCGCUGUGGGAUUUCCGCUAUUGAAUAAUGACGAUUCCGCUGUCCGCAUAAAAGUUAAAUGAGCGGGGAAAUAGGGAGAGCUGAGGAAUCUGUGGGGGAACCCAUCAGGUUUCUGGGAACGAUGGCCAAAGGACACGGGGCUGCGGGGACCCUCUCUAUACCAGAUAUGUGAAUGUAUAGCUUGUACUCAACUCUACGAGUAGUGCCGCCAAAUCGCAUUAAUAAUUAGCAUUUAACUGGAUUCGUAGCCCUAAGUAGCUAAGCCAAAACAAUUUCGAAUCACUACUCAAUCAGCAAGCCAAAAUCUUUCAAAUUGUACAAUACCACAGGGCAGAAGGCGAAAAGCAAGGAAUACCGAUUAGCGAUAAAUAAUUAACGAUUAAAAGGACAAAUGCAGGUAUAUCGAUACACACGGAGAGUCAUUGCAAUUCAUAGAUGUAAACGUAGCAUACAAUUUCGCAUCUCGUAACUCUUAGAUCCUGUCCCCACAUACCCUCUAAACGUUUGGAGCUUGGCAGGGAAUUCCCGACUUAUACAUAGGAAUAACCAACUCGCUGUUUUCUUAGGGAUAACUAUUUGAUUGCACUCGAACUUAUUACUCCACGAAGGAAAUGUGUCCGUAACUGCAUCUGCAUAUUCACAAAUCUUGUAUGUCUUCCCCAGCUUGUCCUGACGAUUGUUGAUUGUCCUUAAUUUAAUCCAGAAUACGUAUUUAUACUUACACAUACAUAUUAGUUUAAACUUAACACACUUGUCGGGGGAAAUAAAUAAGACUUAUUGUAGAUAAUUAUGUUUAAAACAAUUAACAAACACGAAAUCAAGUUGUUCAAUUUGUAUUUUUGCCAAAGAGAUAUUUGUUAAACAAAGAAGCGAUAACUUGCAGCUGGUUUAUGUGUGUGCUUGUUUCACUCUCGCUGUGUUUAUUUGUUGUGUACGAUUGAAUUAGAAUCCUUAUAUAUAUAUGAUUUUGGAAAUCCCCUCAUUCGACGUUAACGUAGCAUAAUUGAAGCAGCAGCUGAAGGCGAUGACACACAAGACUUGAAUACCGAACCUAGGUUAAUGUUAAAUGUUAAUGGAAAUCGAAACUUAAUGCAACUAAGUAUGCGUGUGUAUAAAGCGAAUUAAUUACCAGUGGAUGUGAAUGUUUUUAUGACACUAAUUGAGUUAUGUAUUUUAUGUAGUCUGUAUGCGUAUAUCUAUAACUAUAAUUAACUGAAAGCAUUGUACAGUAGUCGAGAGGAAACACAAUAAUUAACAAGGCGUAAGUUCAUUCGAAGAAAAAACGAAAAUAAAUUAAAAGCAUAGUUUAUAAACUCAAAGCAUAAGCCGCCACUCAGAAAACUGUAUAAAACAAAAAGAUAAGAACGAAUUCUAAAAAAAAAAUUAUUGAAAAACUAUGAAAAUUAAUGCAUAUGAAACCUACUGCAUUUUUAAAAAAAGAUCUGUUAACAAAUGAAUAAUAAAACCAUAAAAAGGAUGAAUACCAAAA